AUGGUGUAUAGCGCUAAUGCAUACUAUGUUUGUGUAUUGCAUUGCUGCCGUCUAGAACCGAUCAAGCGCUUGGCGCCCAGCGUCACGAUCAGCGACUGCCCCUCGGAGGUCUUCUGCACGAGGUUUUCGCCCGACGGGAGGCUGCUGGCCGCAGGCUGUGGCGAUGGAGCGAUCCGAGUCUUCAACGUACACGACGGCAAGCUGUCGUACACAUUGAUGCAGCCGCAGAGCAGCUACGGCUUCGGCCUGCCGUGCACGGCCAUCAGGUUCCGUCCACUUACAAGCGCCACCAAGACCAAGAACGUGCUGUUAGCCACGAAUUCGAACGGGUCGGUGGAGCAUUGGCACAUCACGUCGGGCAAGUGUCUGAACGCCAUCAGCAACAACCAGAACCAACUGUACGCUCUGGACUACCGCGCCGAUGGAGCCAUGUUCGCGACAGGAGGAAAAGACCACGCUAUUCGAGUGUACGAUGAAGCCACGAAGGCGGAGGUGGCGUGUAUGGACGGAGGUCAUGGCUCUCUCACUGCUGGCCACUCGAACCGCGUGUUUUCCAUCAAAUUCGUCCCUGAAGACGACAACACCCUCGUCACUGGCGGUUGGGACAACACGCUGCAGAUCUGGGACUUGCGCGUCGGCCACUCGGUGCGUGGCAUUUACGGCCCUCACGUGGCUGGGGACGCUGUCGACAUGAAUAUGCGCGGAGAGAUCCUCACAGGCUCCUGGCGUCCCGAAAAUCCACUCGAGAUCUGGGAUUUCGGGUCGGGCAAGCGCCUGCUGACUGUGCCAUGGAACCAGAGCGCUCUGCGGUCCGAGCCCUGCUUCAUAUACGCGGCGCAGUUCUCAAAGUCAAAAACUGGUCAACAGCUCAUAGCCGCGGGAGGAAGCGGCUCCAACGAGGCCAAGGUCUUCAACCACGACUCGAACAACAGACUCGUCGGCACAAUUGCAGGCCUCAGUCGUGGCGUGUUUUCGCUGGACUUUGCUGCGUUCAACGACAAAAUGGUGGUGGCUGGGGCUGACGCAGCCAUUCGCAUCAUCGACAUCUACGACCACAUUCCAGGCGAAAAGGGCCGCGAACGACCCACAACUCCAUCGAUCAGGUUCGACCCUCCUGUUCCUUGCUUUGCUUUGGUUUGUUGCUCUAACACUGGAGUGUACUGUCGCGACAGAAAUGCGUUAAUGCCAAAUGAAAGCCUGACCCGCCUGGCAUCGCCAACAGCGAGCACUGAGAUGCUGAAGGGUCCGUCUUCACCGCUCCACAAGAUGGCUGUAGACGACGACUAG